CCGCCGGCCGCUGCCCCCGCACCGAAGCGCAGCAUCAUCGCACGGCUCUUCGGGACAGCCCCCCCGGCUGAGCCCGCUCCUCCCCAGCCAGAUCCUGCUGCUGCCACUCCCCCCAACCCUGCAGCCCCUGCCAAGGUGCAGAGCGUGGAGGACUUUGUUCCUGAGGACAGCCUGGACCACAGCUUUCUGGAGGACCCAACACCACACAAGGACAAGGGGAAAGCACAGGCCAAGCACCGUGUGGACAGUGAAAGCGAUGGAGAGGUGCCUGGGGGGAACCCCAUGGUGGCAGGUUUCCAAGAUGACCUGGAUCUGGAUGACAAAAUCCCCAGCAAAGCCAUGCUGGCAGCAGAACGUGUGCCCAGCAAGAACAUCACCCUCUCCAGUGAGGAAGAGGAGGAAGAGGAAGAGGUGAAGGACUGUAAGGUUGUCCUCAUACCUGAUGGAGACAAAAACACGGAGCCGGAAAAGAAAAGGUCUUCCAGAAAUUCUCUGAAACCACAGAGUGAAGCAAUUUUGACCAAAGCAACUGAGCCGAAGCCUCCUGACAGUUUACCUCCCCGUUCUGGGUCUGAACGAAACAGCAGCAGCAAGGCAGCCCAGGCCCCAAAGGCCACUUCCCAAAGCAAAGGACUUGUUCCCAAGCAAAAAGUGGUCAAAGAGGAGAAGCCUGAGGAGUCUGACAGUGAUCAAGAGGGACCAAUAGCUACUCAGAUGCUCUCAUUUGUCAUGGAUGACCCAGACUUUGAAAGUGAGGAUUCUGACAGCCAGAAGAAGAAAAUGGAUGAGUUCCCAGUGCGGGAGGAUCUCUCUGAGCUAUCGGAUGACGAUACCUCAUUGGCAAAGCCACCCCAACCUGUGAGAUCAGCUGUGCCCUCCUUCAAACCGAAGAAUGACUCAGAUCUCUUUGGUUUGGGUUUGGAAGAAGCUGGUCCCAAGGAGAGCAGUGAGGAAGGGAAAAGGAAUAAGCAAACUUCUAAGGAGAAAAAGAAGAAGAAAAAGAAAAGCAAAGAGGAAGAGGAGAAAUCAGUGAAAAAGAAGAGCAAGCACAAGAAGAGCAAAGAGAAGGAGGACAGCAAAGAGGAGAAAGAGAAGAAGAAGAAGAAGAGCACGGAGAAAAGCAGUGAGAUAGAUGAACUUGAGGCAUUCCGGGGCGGAGGAGGAAGCGGCGUGAGCAAGCCACAGGGCGGAGGGGACUAUGAGGAGCUGUGA